GAGUUUCUUUUCCCUUUCCUAAGCACAAACCCUGCAAGUAAACCCUAGCCGUCGCGAUGCAGAUAUUCGUGAAAACCCUCACGGGGAAAACCAUCACCCUUGAGGUUGAGUCUUCGGACACAAUCGAUAAUGUGAAGGCCAAGAUCCAGGACAAGGAGGGUAUCCCGCCGGAUCAGCAGCGUCUCAUCUUCGCCGGAAAGCAGCUCGAGGACGGCCGCACCCUCGCCGACUACAACAUCCAGAAGGAGUCCACUCUCCACCUCGUCCUCCGUCUACGUGGCGGCGCCAAAAAGCGCAAGAAGAAGACCUAUACCAAGCCUAAGAAGAUCAAGCACAAGCACAAGAAGGUGAAGCUCGCCGUCUUGCAGUUCUAUAAGGUUGACGACUCCGGCAAGGUGCAGAGGCUCCGCAAGGAGUGCCCUAACGCUGAGUGCGGCGCCGGAACCUUCAUGGCUAACCAUUUCGAUCGUCACUACUGCGGCAAGUGCGGCCUCACUUAUGUCUACCAGAAGGCCGGUGCCUAAGUUGUAAUGCAUUUGCUUUUCUUACUGUUAUUUUUAGUUCUUAAAGUUUUGUUUAAUGUUUUGUUCUUUUAGUGUUGCGACUGUUUCGGUUUAAUUAAACUUUUAUCAAUACUUUAUGGAUUUCGAUUAUCUGUUAUUCGCAUCCAUAUUUUGUUAA